AUGCUCUAUCUUGAUUCUCCAUUGCCAGCACUUCCUUCUGUUUGGAGUUUAGAUGAAAAGAAAGUUUCGCCUAUUGCAGAGAGACUUUUAGUUCGCGUAGAACCCGUUGGUUUCGCAUUUGAGAGGUUAACUCAGCAAGCUUCACUUGUAUCUUCUUUAGAUAACGAAAGCGAAACCGCUACCACUAAAAAGAAAGAAGACAACGAUAUCUUUAAUAAAUAUUUCGAGCCUUUGAAUCUUGUUGGUUUAAACCCUUCUUCUUGGAAAAAACAAGAUCACUACGAAAUACUUGGUCUUCACAAGCUUCGUUAUUUAGCCACGGAAGAGAAUAUUAAUAGAGCAUAUAAGGCAUUGGUACUAAAGCACCACCCAGAUAAAAAAAAAAAACUUCCCGAUGGCUCCGACGACGAUUCUUAUUUUAAAUGUUUAAAAAUAGGUAGAAGUGGAUAA